GGCAUCUCCACUCCAAUGGUGCAGGUAUCAACCAGGAACAUCCAGGCCCUCAACAUGCUCUUCUCCUCCUGGGCCUUAGUCUUCUUAUCAUUCGGAAUUAUGGUCGAUGAAUGGGUUACACUGAAUUUUGAAACAAAAACAAAUAUGCAAAGCCACAGUCCAUGGAUACACACCACUAUUUGGCCAAAAGAUGACCUGAAAGUGGUCAGGAUCAUGAUGAUUUUGGUGAUCAGCUUUUCCUUCUUCCAUAACUUAUUCCUGGGAUUGGAAUUCACCUUUAUGAUUCCUCAAACUAAAUGUAUCUUCCUCAUCACUGUAUUCCUCAGUUUCUUCACAGGCAUCCUUCUGUUCUGUGCACUCCUGCUGUAUCACCUGAAGCUGAGGCGAGGGCAAUCCGUGUACUAUUCCGGGUACAAAAUCACCUGGAUCAUUUCCACUGCCUACUUAAGUGUUUUCUUCCUUUUUGCCUCUGGAAUCCUGUGUCUUCUACAGUACAAGCAAUACAUGAAUUCUGCCAAAGAAAGUCAUAAUACACAGCAAUCUGGGAACUCUAUUGAAGUGAUUUCAUUGCAAAAACUCGCUGUAAUGCCUCGUAGUAUUGUCCGCGUACACCCCAAAAACUUAGACCAAGAUUCUCUAAGGAAACCACAAAGCCAAAAACGUCGUGUAACCUGGGCUCUGUGAUUUGAUACGAUAUAGCUUGAAUACGCUCAUGUGAAUGAAAACAGUUUCAUGUGCAUCUCCAGUGGUGU